AUGCAGAAGCAGGGCACGAUUCUCGCCUGGUUCCACAAGACCGCACUCGCCUACAGCAUCAAAGACCUGGAGAAGCUGAUACCCUCGGUGGCCUCGAUCAACGGCAUGGCGGUGAAGGAUUACCUGCAAGCGCUCCAAGACGACGGCCUGAUCCGCACAGAGAAGAUUGGCAGCGGCAACUGGUACUGGAGCUUUCCGAGCGAGGCGAAGAAGGCAAAGGUGGAUGCAUUGGCAAAGGCUCAGAGCGAGUUCGACAAGAUCAGCGCUACGGCUGCCGAUCUGCAGGCGAAAGUAGACCUAGCUGGUGCUGCGCGCGCGGAGGACGAGGAGGUGCUUGCGGAAACAGGUCCGUCUCGUGCAUCGUCUCUCGCUGGUGGUACUGACAGCCCAGGCGGUGACCGCAGGACACUCGUUGCGAAGCAUGAGGAUCUCACCAAGCAAGUCGAGAAGCUCCGCACGGAGCUGGCUGCGUACAGCGACUACGACCCAGUCGAGCUGGACAAGAAGAUUGAUGACACGCAACGCUUGCGAGCUGCUGCUGAUCGAUUUACCGAGCACAUCUACUGCAUGGAGGGCUGGCUCAAGGAGCGGGUGCUCGAUCGGGAGAGUCAGACUAGAGCCCUGAAGGAGCUCUACGGCGACGAGUGGGACGAGGACGAAGGUGGACUCCGGGAGCUCUGA